CACACACACAAAGACACAGCCCCCAGCAUGGACCAAUCAUAACCGGGCUGAAGACGGAGACAGCGGAAUAGUGCAGACACUGAUCUUAAACUGCAGCUCAUUCUGCAGGUUUAGCUCUGAGUUCUGGAUCAGUAAUGGAGAAUAAUAACGGCACUGACAGAUCAGCAGAGCGCCUGGGCUUCAUCACUCGAGUACAGAGCUUCAGCGCCUGCCAUCGACUCCACAGCAAAUCCUUAACUGAUGAAGAGAAUAAGAGGAUAUUUGGAAAGUGCAACAACCCCAAUGGACAUGGCCACAACUACAAAGUUGAAGUGACAGUACGAGGAAAGAUUGACCGAAACACGGGAAUGGUGAUGAAUCUCACUGAUCUAAAACAGUAUAUAGAGGAGGCCAUAAUGAAACCUCUUGACCACAAAAACCUGGACCUGGACGUACCAUAUUUUGCUAAUGUGGUCAGCACAACAGAAAACCUGGCUGUGUAUAUUUGGGACAACAUGGUCAAGCUUCUCCCACCUAACAUGCUCUACGAAAUCAAAGUGUACGAGACGGACAAGAAUAUAGUUAUAUACCGAGGGGAGUAGACCACCAGUAUGCUUUCUGAGUGUCUAGCUGCAAGCUUCUGAGUGCAGGUCAGUAGGGGCAAGCAGUAAAUCUCAGCCCCUUAUAUAUGAUGGUAUUAGAUUAGAGUGAGAGUAUCACCUGCUGUGGCCUACACCCCUCAGGCUCCACGGUAGUGGAUUAGCCUAAGGCACUGAGAAUUUGGCUCAGCCAUCGACCAUGUGAGAUUGAUCCUAUUAAACACGGAGCUUACAGCAAUACAAAAAUCUAUUUCCAAAUUAAUUCAGCCUUUUUUCCUCCUUGUGUUUCUGUAUGGUCAUUUAGUCUGUCAUUGGUUUACGUGCAAUUAAAUUGCUAUGUAGCUUUUAAAAACUUGAGGUAACUGUUAUGUUUUUAGCAAAAUAAAUGUGUACUGAUAAAAGUCACCAAUCAGAAUGGAAAAAAAAUUCUCUUGCAGAUAUGCUCACCACUACCACUAAGGGGCACUGUUAGAGUUUUUUUUUUUUUUUAUGGGAAUCAGCAAUACAACCAUGUGUUUCUCUGUGGUCUGUUGUGGUUGCAUAAAUAAAACCCAGUGUAACUUUG